AAUGUAUCUCGGUCCACCUCGGCCAGGCUGGUUGCCAGAUGGGCAACGCCUGCUGGGAGCUCUACUGCCUCGAGCACGGCAUCCAGCCCGACGGCCAGAUGCCCUCUGACAAAACCAUCGGAGGCGGCGACGACAGCUUCAACACCUUCUUCGCAGAGACCGGCGCCGGCAAGCAUGUGCCACGAGCCGUGUUUGUCGACCUGGAGCCCAGCGUGGUCGAUGAGGUGCGCACGGGCACCUACCGCCAGCUCUUCCACCCUGAGCAGCUCAUCACCGGAAAGGAGGACGCGGCUAACAACUACGCCCGCGGCCACUACACCAUCGGCAAGGAGAUUGUCGACAUCGUGCUGGACAGGAUCAGGAAGCUGGCCGACCAGUGCACAGGUCUGCAGGGUUUCCUGAUCUUCCACUCGUUCGGCGGCGGCACCGGCUCCGGCUUCACCUCGCUGCUGAUGGAGCGUCUCAGCGUCGACUACGGCAAGAAGUCGAAGCUGGAGUUCGCCAUCUACCCGGCUCCGCAGGUGGCCACGGCAGUGGUGGAGCCGUACAACUCCAUCCUGACUACCCACACCACCCUGGAGCACUCGGACUGCGCCUUCAUGGUCGACAACGAGGCCAUCUACGACAUCUGCCGCCGCAACCUGGACAUCGAGCGCCCGACGUACACCAAUCUGAACCGCCUGAUCGGCCAGAUCGUCUCCUCCAUCACGGCCUCGCUGCGCUUCGACGGCGCCCUGAACGUGGACCUGACCGAGUUCCAGACGAACCUGGUGCCGUACCCGCGCAUCCACUUCCCUCUUGCCACGUAUGCUCCGGUCAUCUCCGCCGAGAAGGCCUACCACGAGCAGCUCUCAGUCGCUGAGAUCACCAACGCCUGCUUCGAGCCGGCCAACCAGAUGGUCAAGUGCGACCCGCGCCACGGCAAGUACAUGGCCUGCUGCAUGCUGUACCGCGGUGAUGUCGUGCCCAAGGACGUCAACGCCGCCAUCGCGGCCAUCAAGACCAAGAGGACCAUCCAGUUCGUCGACUGGUGUCCGACCGGCUUCAAGGUCGGCAUCAACUACCAGCCACCGACCGUGGUGCCCGGCGGCGACCUGGCCAAGGUGCAGCGUGCCGUCUGCAUGCUGUCCAACACCACCGCCAUCGCCGAGGCCUGGGCGCGCCUGGACCACAAGUUCGACCUGAUGUACGCCAAGCGCGCCUUCGUGCACUGGUACGUCGGCGAGGGCAUGGAGGAGGGCGAGUUCUCCGAGGCGCGCGAGGAUCUGGCCGCGCUGGAGAAGGAUUACGAGGAGGUUGGAGUCGACUCCGUGGAGGGCGAGGGAGAGGAUGAGGAGUACUAGUCAGCUCGUGACUCUACCAGGAACAGCCUGGUGAGACCACCAGUAUCUGGUGUCCAGCCCAAGUGACGAUCCACAUGACGACGAAAGAACAUG